AUAAUGAAAAGGCCAAUUGAAGCUAGCUAGCAAGCACAACAUUAUAUUGUAGUAUGCUCUCACUUUUUUCUCUUCUCAAUACCCAAAGUCUUCGCUGCUUUUCUUUCAGUCUUCUUCCUGAUCUGAUAAGCUUUCUUAAUUCAGUAGCUUACUCUCUCUCUCUCUCUCUCUCAUCUUCAAUUCUCAGACCAUGUCUGCCCCUACUUUUCUUGAACCAAACCCUAAUCUUAAUUUCACUGCUCCUUUUUCCUCAAACAUAAUCCCAGAUUAUGAUUACUGUUAUCAAGAUUUAGAUUUGUUCUGUGCUGAUGAUGAUCAUAAUCUUUUUUCUGAUGAUUUUACAUCAUCUAAUGAUAAUACCUUUGGGUACCCAUCAUCUGAUCUGUCGCAAACUACUCCUGUUGUCUUGCCUGAGAAAAGCAAUAAUUCCACCACUGGAAGCUCAAGCUGCUCAUCUGAUGGAAUGCCAAUGAAUACCAAUUAUAUGCCAGUAAUGAAGUGCAAAAGGGAGAUGAAGAAAGGGCCAAAGAUGAAGGAGAAACAUGCGAUUGCCUUUAGAACAAGGACUGAUCUUGAGGUAUUGGAUGAUGGAUAUAAAUGGAGGAAAUAUGGGAAGAAGAAGGUCAAAAGUAACUCUUAUCCAAGGAACUACUACAAGUGUUCGAGUGGAGGAUGUAAGGUGAAAAAGAAGGUGGAAAGAGACCAAGAUGAUGCAAAAUAUUUGAUAACGACGUACGAAGGGGUACACAACCACGAAAAUUUAUAUGUAAUAUACUAUCAAGGAAUGCCUGCAACUCUUGCAAGCAAUGGCCUCUCUCUCCCACCAGCUUCACUACAGCCUUAUUGAUGGAGGUAGCUAAGACUGAGCCAUGGAAGCUAAGCUAGAGACUAUGCUUCUCUACGUAAUUCUCUGUUUAUACAU